AGCUGUUUUGGCCCAGGCCGGAGUGUCCCCGAGCCGCCGGCCAAGGCAGUCAUGGCCGAUAACAAGACUGCGCGGCGAGGGCGGCGAAGCGAGGCCACGAAGGCGCUGAACUCCGUGGCUGAGGAGUUCGAGCUGGACACGUUGUCUCACCGUCCACGGGCCCAGGAAGUGGUUGACCUCUUCUCGGCAUUGUGCGACGUCGUGCCUGCCGAGCGGGCGCCGGAGCUCUGCGCGGCAAGGGACCUGUGGAUCGAGAGUGGCGGCGGCGGUUCCUUUCCCGAGCUACCAGAUCCUGGAGCGGACGAGGACGCCGACGACGGCCCCGACGGGCGCGAGCGGGUCCCUGGAUACGCAGAGUGCCGGGCGCAGGCGGGCAAAGCGCUUCGGCUAAAAUGCAGAGCCUUUGUGCUCACCUUCAACUGCUUGGCCUUCGUCGCGUCCCCGGAGUUGCGGCAGGCGUACCAGUCGUUGGUAGAGGAUCGGAAGAAGGAGUUCGGCAUCACGUGCUGCAGCGCAACCAUGGAGGAGUCCCUGCAUUCUACUGAUACUGGCCGCGUGCACUUGCACUGUUAGUUUUCCUGGCACGGCGGGGGGGGCAAGGGCGUGGACCACAGGACUCUGGACUCCUGGGUCUUCAGGGGCGUGAAGCCGCGCGUGGACAAGAAUACCGAGGGGCGAGGCCCGUGGUACUGGGUGGAAGCAACAGCGCGGACAUUUCUACGCAUGGGUAAAGAAGCAGGGAACUUUGGAGGGCGCAUCAAAGUAUCCUCCCUGGGAGACGGGAUGGUCUCCGGGGCGCGCCUGGGUCAUGGUUUUGUACAGGCAGCCCAAGCUGGACCGCGCGCAGUUUAUGGGUCUGUCGAUGAAGCUCCGGGACGGGCACGAUAGGGCCCAGGCCUUAGUGGCAGCCAUAGAUGCGGACGAGCGCGUGCAGGAGUGCUCGCGCGAGAAAGAGGGGGCGCGGGCGCGAAUCGCAAGGAAGGCGCUGCCCUUUAAGCCCCUGCCUGAUCAGAUCCAGCGAUGGAGGUUGCAGUUCGAGGAAGAGGAGGAACGGUGCAAGUUUCUGGUUCUCUGUGGCCCCUCUUGCAGUGGCAAGUCUCGGCUGGCACGGAGCCUGUUCGGGGACGCGCGGACGCUCGUAGUAGAUGUGCAGCACGCAGAGCGCCCAGAUUUGCGUUGCUUUCAACGAAAGACCCACAAGGCGAUCCUCGUCGACGAAGUGCAAUCCCCGGAGUUUGUCGUCGAUAAUAAGAAGUUGUUGCAAUCGCACGUGGACGGGGCCAUCCUCGGCCAGAGCCCGACGCAGAAGUUCUCAUACGAGAUAUUGCUCUGGCGGACACCACUCACGCUGACGACCAACAACUGGACGUACGAUGAUUACUUUGUCGCUGACGAGAACUGGAUCCAGACGAACGCAGUGGAGGUGUUCGUCGGAGAGCCCGUGUGGGAGGCGAGGGUGGCGGCCCCGGCUCCAGCGACGCCCCCGCGGUCAUCUCCCGCGCCCUCUGUCAGCUCUGGCGCGUCUCGCAGGAGGUGGGCCACGCGGCGCCGAGAGGCCCCCGCGGGCGCGAGCCCGGAGCAGAAGCGGGGCCGGGAGACUCCCGGCUAGG